AUGACACGCCCGGCACCGUCCACAUCGGCCGGUGGUCUCGUCGAGACACUAUACAACCACCCCAAUGUCAAGAUCGUAGCAUUCGCUGCUGCCUCCAGAGGCCGAGCUAGGAGUCCAGGUCGUGGCCCUUCAGACGAGCCCGGCUCUUUAUCCGCCCACUCGCAGCUCGAGAGAACAAUUGCCAUUGGAUCCGUCGCCUUUUUGAACUGCGGCUCUGCUCUGCAGCCAAUGUUGCCCAAAAGCCAAUGCUGGGCUCUAGCCGAAGACUCCAGCAAAUUCGUCCUACAAAUUCGCCGACCCAACUACUGGAGGAUUGAAAUCCCCGUCACCAACGCCGAUGAACAGGAACUAGCUGCGGCACUGAAGGGUGUUUGGGAUCAAAUAUUGCAAUUCGAGAAGACGGAAUGCCCUUUCAAACGGUCAUUUACAGUCAUCCUCCCCGAGAAACCAAAGACACCCGUGAAAAAGCGACCAUGGACACCCCCGGUCAAACGAGCCCUACCUGUCCUUUCAACCCCAGCUCACGAAGUCGAGGUAUCACCGACCCCAAAGGCUCUCACUCCCAACACUGGCAGGAGAGCCUCGACAUCUUCUCUCCGUGGCCGAAGCGAGCAACGCCGGCUGUCCACUGUCAGCAAUGACUUUCACUCAAGCUCAAGAUCCCGUGAACCUAGUGCCGAAAUACCGAAAGCGGCAGAGCCCACGGAUGCCGCCCUAACUCCCACGGCCGAGAGACGAGCCGUUGCAACCGAACUGAAGAUUCCGAAGCGUGGAGCGGAGACAACCCGCAAUAUUGAUAGCAAGGAAACGGCUGAAGAGGUGACUGCACAGGAAAGCACUGCAUGUGAUCUGGUCAAGAUGGAAGAAGCCAAGCUCAAGGGGAGUCAUGAGGAAGCCAUAUUCGAGGACUCAAUCGCCGAGGAAGUGGAACCCGAAGAUGAGGCUUGUCAAACAGAUUUGACGGCUCCCGCUGAGGAGCCUUCAGUAAAGUCAUCAGGAGUACAAGUUGUGAAUAGCGAUAUUGGCGCACAAAACAACGCCGGCAUGGAGGUGACUGCCGCUUCGGUCUCGCCAGUGUCGAAUGCAGCCCCGCUACAUGCACCUGUGGCAGUACCUCCAACGGAGACGGUCGAUCGCGAAGAGGACGCCCGGGACCCUGAGGUUCCCCAAGUUUCUGUCAAUAUCGACGACUCGUUGGCCCAACCAAAGGAGAGCAAGACUGACAUCCAGGUAGAGAAUGCGGUGACUGUUGGGCGGCAAGUGACUGAUCGCCGGCUGCAAAACGAUAUCAAAGAACAGCUCGUCACCGUGGAAGCAUUGCCCAAGACACCUCUGUCGGCUGAGGCAAGCACACCCACGCCCACCAAUAUUUAUGACGUGAUCCGGAACUACGAGAUCAAGAUGGCCGCUGCGGUUCCCGAGUCUACGCCGGCCACCGAACCUGUUGCUGCGCCUGAGGCUGCUUGCGAGAAAUCAGCGGUAGAGACGGGGAACACCAGCGGAAAUGGGUCAAGCAGCGAAUCACAGUCCGCGACCGACGAAGAGGCAGUUCUCGAGGGUAGCGGGGUUGUGGGUGGCAGAAGAAAGAAGCUUCGCGGAUUCAGGGCCGGCAGGGCUCUGGUUCCCCCACAGUUGACCCUCGUCACCUCGCCGCCGUCCAAGUCGGCUAUGAGAUUGACUCCGAUUCUGGAUGAAGCGACUUCGCCAACUGGUUCUACCGAUUCGUUCCACAGUUCAAAGUCAUGGCACUCCCCCGCUCAGUCGCCAAUUACGCCUGUCCCAAGGUCUCCUAUCUCAGACGUGUCUCCGACGAGGUUCCCAUACCCUCACGAUAAUAUUUUGAUCCCUAAAAAGCCUUGGCACUACCGCGACAUUUCCGAUCUGACUGUCACCCCGGAGACUCGACGAACUUGGGAUGCGACUUCGUCUCUUACCGACGACAGCUCGCUAGAGAGCGCUGCUACUGCGCCAGAUAUGGUCUAUGAAGCGGUUGAGCAGCCUGACAAGGUUGCUCUUUCCGAGGAUGAAGCAGCAACCACCGCUGUCGUGCGUCGCCCGUACAUUCGACACAGAUCAACCACCAGCAGCAUUUCCGUCGGCCGCAGAGCGCUCUCUCCUUUACCGACAGCGGCUAACCUUUUUGCGCCCACGAGCACCCAGGCCAGGUACCACCCCCUGAGAAGCCGCCUGGAACUUGUCCGCAGACUCCCCAUGGCCAUCGUAUCCAAGACUUGCGAGGUUCUCCUGGGUCCGCCGAGUCAUCUCAUCGCCCUGAUGCUUCAGGUGGCUGCUAAGAUUGCCGCCGGGCAGUGGCGCGGUAUGAUGUUCGGGUUCGGCGAGGGCGGCGAGACGAUCCCCGUGCAAUGGGACUAUUCUGACGACGAGUACGAUAGCUGGGGCGAGAACGACGAUUACUAUCUCAGCCAAGUCGAGUCAUCGCGUGCGAAUAGCGUGAUUGGCACCGACGACGGUGAGAAUGACGAGGCCACUGACAACGCGAACGGAACGGGUCGCGGGUGGGAGGUCGACUGA